AUGGUUGCCAUAGGCAGUCUUCUGUUCUGCGACGCCUGCGGGUCGCUUCUCCCUCGCACGGUCCCGGGACAAACCAAAGACGAUAUGGUCAAAUGCGAAGACUGUUUCCAAUACACCCAAGACACCUCCUCCAAAGUGAUCACGUCCCACUCCAAGCCGAGCGCAUUUCCUUCAGCGUUGCGAGCGAAACAUUCGGAGGUGCAAAGCAUCAACGCAGAAGAUCUCCAGGUGGAAGCGGUCAUUGCCCGAGAUUGUCCGAAUUGUCAUCGUUCGGAGAUGUUCUACCAUACGAAGCAAUUGCGGAGUGCCGAUGAAGGCACUACGGUGUUUUAUAGAUGCGAAUGCGGGUUCAAGGAUGUCCAGAAUAAUUGA